GGUUCAAGUCGCUUCAAAUUUCUUGAAUGAAUAUCCCGCCUCGCCCGCCUAUCCCGACUCACCUUUUUUUAGAACGUUACAGCACAUAGCAAAGUACAUUGGUGAUAUCGAUAAUAAGGUACGAUUUCCACGUGAGAAAUCUCAUGACAGAGUCUAAUGGCAAGUGCAUGAUGUCAUUAACUCGUGUGUGCUGUUAUUAGGGAGUGACAGCUUCAUGUAGGUACUAUAAUUUGAAUACAAAAUUUCGUUCACAAGCUUAUAUGGCCAAUAUCAUUGGCAUUUACACAAAACUUCCUUAGAUAUCAUGGACCAGUGCUUAUUGGAUCAUCUCAUCGUACCUAUUUAUUGAGUGGAGAGGAUGUUCAAGAAUAAUUGGGCAUAUAUCAUUAUGCUGCAUUUUUUCAUAGUUUCAUCGAUGCCAUUUGAUUAGUACGUCUACAUUGGUGAUAGAAUGGUUUCCAGUUGGCAGUUUUUUGCCCUAAUCUUUGAACUAAAAUACUAUUGCGUCUAUUAUGCAAAUGAUGCUUCAGAUUGUGACUUGAUGUACUGAGUACCGUACAUGUGACAAUAUUUAUAUAUUUGAUAUCGAGGGAGUUGGAGCUUACUUUGAUCAGUGGUGAUAAAAUAAAAUGAAGGUCAGCAGUCUCUUGGGCAUCUGUGCGGCAACAGGAUUGGGAUAACCUGCAUAGUACAGAGUUGUUCUUUAGUGCCACGUAUUUAGGGUUAUGUUUAUAUUGAGCCUAUUAUACUGCUAUACGCUGGAUCAGUCAGGACAUGACUUAUUGCAAGAAAUAGAAAAACAAAAAAUAUUCCACAAGUCAACUUCAAUAUGUCAAAAGUAAGAGCGGCAAUUGAUGAUAAAGAUCGCCAACUGAUAUCUCCGAUGAAACAUACAGAAUUACAUGCUACCAAAACGUCGAAUUCAAAAAACGUUGAACAUAAACUUAUGGCUUCAAACUCAACGGAUUUUCACAAACCGACCGAAACAGAUGUUUUAGCAGUUCGUCAAGUAGAUAGUCAGAUGACUUCCACUAGUGGGAGCUGUGGAGUCCCACGAAAUGACCUGCUACAUGAGUUAUCUCUCUCAUAUACGUCGGAUUUAUCUGUUUUACUCCAGGGUUCGCAAAUAGAAAAGGCAUCUCUCACUGCUACUGAUUUUCCACCUCUCCCAUUCAUGAAUUCCCAAAAGCUAUUGCUGAGUAAAACAGAAAGUCCCUCCACCAAUGGAGAAGAAAUGAAUUUAAAUCCAUUCAUUUUCAAAACUAUAGAGACCAAUGAUGACAGCAAUACAGCACACCAAUUAGAAGUCAAGAAUCCCACGACAACUGCUUCGCUUUUUGAUUCAUUGCUCAAUUGUCCGUGUUGCGGACGAGGAUACAAGAGAAUAACUUCUUUGAAGGAACAUAUAAAAUAUAGACACGAAAGAAAUGAAGACAACUACGCAUGUAACAUUUGUCACUAUACAUUCCCAUACAAAUCUCAACUAGAAAGACAUGUUAAUUCACACAAGGCUGGCCGAGAUAAGAUUUGUACCGUAUGUGGAAAAGCUUUCAUCAACAUCCACCGACUGCAAAGACAUAUGCUGACACAUACAACAGAGAACCGCAAGUUUAAGUGUGAAGAGUGUGGCAAAGCAUUCAAGUACAAGCAUCAUUUAACAGAACAUCACCGAAUACAUAGUGGAGAAAAACCGUACGAAUGUCCAAAUCCCACUUGUAGCAAGAGAUUUUCUCAUUCAGGAUCAUACAGCUCCCAUAUUAGCAGUAAGAAGUGUAUUGGAGGACUGAAGUCUUCAUCAAUUCCUUCUGGCAGUAAUUCACCAUCGUCAACUAAGGACUGUUACUCUAAAGAAAAAGACGAAUCAGAUUGUAAUUCCAACAGAACAAAUACAGUUAGCGAUUCCAUACUACCACAACCACAAGAUCCACGAGAAGACGGAAAGAUUAAUAUGGUUAAAAUAUCAGAGGGAAAGCAGGAGGAAGUUAUUGUAUCUGAGGAUGCUGCAGAUACUCAAGUGGAGAUCAUGCAGUGUUCUUCGCAAAGAGAAUUGGAAGAAGCCGACGUGAUGGAUACAACAGAAGGCUUGAAUAUGAUGAAAACAAAUGUGAGAGAAUGUUCUACGAAUGUGAGAGAAAAGACGAAAACGAUAGAAUUGAUCAAGAAAGAUAGUGAGAAUGAAAGAGAAACGGAAUACAACAAAUAUCAAAAUAUUUCAUCUGCAAGCACUCAAGUUCCGGUUUUAAAUUUCAAUAAAACUUCUUCCGCUUUUACUGAAAUGCGAGCUCCCUUAGCCAGAAGUGAGGAUUCUUCCGACAUUUCGACGUCGUCAACUUCAUUGACGUCACCAAGAGACAGCACUCCAGAUUCUGUAACGAGGAACUCUCCAGGAAUGAAUCGAGAAGAUUCCACCACUGCAAAUACACGAUCCCCCAGUGGGAAUGAUUUCAAUCGUGAAUAUUGCAAUCAAGAAGUUUCUGAAGCCAUUGUUCUACAUGAACACCAUCGACAUUGUUCUUCCAAAAACGGGCCAAUGAACGCUUUACAACUACCUGCUAUGAACCAAGCGGCGCUCCUCACGGCAUCUGUGAAUGGCCAGCCAGGAGCAGCCUUAGGUCUCUCGGAAAUGUUCAAGUAUCAACAAGCCGUGGCAGCAAUGAUAAAUCGCGAAUCUACGACAUUGCACUCAAGAAUACAAAAUAGCCCCAGCCAAGAAGAAUAUCGCUCGAACGAUCAAAGGUGAGUUAACUUUUUAUAUUCAUUAUUA